CGUUGACGUCAGCGAUAAAAACAGGGGCUGUGCCGUGUCGCGCGGUCGACGGUGACUUUCCGCUGCGGUUAAACUCGUUUAAACGUUUCAUUUACCGUGCUGUUUACCGGCAUCAUGUCUCACACCGUCAUCACCACGACAACAACCACCAGGACAUCCGGGGAGAGCGGCCUGAACCUGGGCUACACCCAGACCAUCCCGGGACUGCUCAAGAUCGGACAGCUGAUCUCCCUGCUCAUCGCCUUCCUGUGUGUGUUCUGCACUCGCGGCUGGCCCAGCUGGCCGGCCUUCCAGUACUUCGAGGUGGUGACGCUGUGGUUCCUCGUAGCCUUCCUCAUCUUCUUCCUCAUGCACCUGUGCAGGCUGCAGACGAGGAUGCCCUGCAUCAACUGGCCGCUGACGGAGUUCUUCCAUUACUCUGUGGGAUGCAUCCUCAUCCUCAUCGCCUCCAUCAUCGCCUCGGCGAAUAGCCGUGGAGUUUCAGCGCUGGUGGCCGGAUCGGUGUUUGGAUUCAUAGCGACGUUCCUGAUGGCCGUGAACUUGUGGACGUCUUACAGCGUGGCUUGUGGGCCUCAGUCUGCCAUGUAAAAAGCGUCCCGUCAUGAUGGAGUCAGAUGGCUGUGUUGGCAGUUUGCUGUGUCCUGGUUCUUCUCUGCCAAGCGACCACCUGGAUAAAUCGAUGUGAUCAUAACUCUUACUGCAGAGGAGCGCCGACGCAGCACCGGCUGGACGGGACAGCAGUCAGUGUCAUUCUUUUACUUCCUCGUUAAAUCGGACCGCUGUGGUCACGUUUCCAUGGUAACGGUGCUCUGGGUCACAUUUGAACCAUCGGUAAUCCUCAUUAAUGAACGACAGCACAGUCACCUGGAAUUGUCACCUUUAUUACAUUUCCCAUCAUU